AAUGGAACCGUUUGCAAUUCUGAUAAAUAUUAUUAAACCAGAAUAUCUGAAUUACUACAAAGAUUGGAUAUUUAUGGCAAGUGAAAAAGAAGCUAGAGGUUUGUAAUUAAUUGGUGCAAUUUAUAAAUAUAAAGGAAGGAAAUUAUUUAGGUAACACUUAAUAUAAUUAACAUAGAGCAAAACCUCCUACAGUAUAAUUAUAAGAGUUAACUGAUUAAUAAGAGUUAGAGUAUAUUUAUUUGAGUUAUUUUGAUUAGUUUUAAAAAGGCUGAAGAAAUGCAUAGAAAAAAUUAAACAUCUACAACUUAUGGGACUGAAUUUGGAUACUUAUAAAAAUUAUUGAAACCUCAAAAUAAUGUGUUUAAAUUUAAAAAAUGUUCUGAAUUAGAAUUUGCAUAACCUCUUAAUGAUUUAGCAAAAUUAUUUUUAGAUAAUUGGAUUGAAAUGAAUGAUGAAUUAGAAUUUCAAGAAUUAGUUUUAAGUUGUUUAAGAGCAUUAUUUAGUCGAUUUAAAGCAUAAUUAGUACCAAAGACAGAGAUGAAGUAAUCUAAAAUUUAAUUAUUAUUAUAGAGUAAAAUAUGAAUAUAAGCCUGAUUGGAAACUAUCAAAUCCAAUAAGAGUUGAUAAAGCAGGAACAGAAAUUAAGUAAUAAAUUCUUAUAUAAAAGUGCAUAUAAAACCAAUUAUAAUGCUAUUUUUAAAUAAAGACUAAAAUAAGAGUAAAUAAAAUAAAAAAUAGCAGAAUUAGAUGGAACAGAUUUUGCAAAAGCAUUAACAAUCCAUAAAUCAUUUAAGAUUAAGUGA